GUUUUCUUCCUGUUUGCGCAGGAAGUGUAGAGUCUAUAAAAGCCUGUGUGUUUGACGGCACGUCAGUAAUCGGUCACUAUGGACCUCGGUCUACUUCCUCUAAUGCUCUUGCUGAUUUUAAACGUGCUCCCUGGACCAACUCAAGGGUCACCGGGAGCUGUGAUGAUUACGGAGCUCGACAAAGAGGGCUCGUCUCGGGCCAGCAGAGAUUUCAGCAUCACAACUGUGUCUGGAAGAAGCAUGAACAUCAACAACAAUCAAACCAAAGUAAGCAUAAAGCCCCAGAGCUCAGUGUUCGCUGGAGACACGGUUACUCUGAGCUGCGAGGGACGCUUAACCGAAAGGAAGAUCAUCUGGUACAAGGACUUUCAGACAAUGACUAAUGACGACCGGACGCUGACGCUGAGAGAUGUGGGAGUCUCCAAUGGAGGAAAAUAUGCCUGCGGCGUACUACACCAGACCAUACAAAGCCCAAGAGUCACGCUGAGCGUGAGAGUGAGACCGAAGCCCGUGGCGCGCGUUCACCCCGACGGACGGGCGCUCGGGGGACAGACGGUCACUCUCACAUGUGAGCUACGGGAGACGGACGUCAGCAGCUGGACGUACAGCUGGAACAAAGACGAUUCGCCGGUUCACGCGAGUCGAUCGCCGGAAUACCGAAUCGGUUCUGUUGAUGAAUCUCACGCGGGUCGCUACAGCUGUGCUGGACACGAGAUCGGAGGAUCCCGACACUCACACACCAGUGAUGAAGUUACACUGAGCGUAUCAGGGCCUUCAAUGAGAGAACCGUUGUUUAAUGUCCUGCUCGUUGGAGUGAUUUCAGGACUCAGCGGCGCCUUUCUGCUCAUUUUCAUACUGGCCCUGCUUUUCUGCUGCAGACGCAACAAAGGUGGAAGAUCUCUGUCUCCGUCUCCGGACCGCCGUCCGCCGACCAUCAGCCAGACACCGACGCCGUCCGGCUCCGGCACUGUAAAUGGGACUUCGCGCACGAACUACGUUGAGGUGAAUAUGAAAUCGAUGGAGGAAACGAAGAAGAAAAAUAAAGGAGAGGAGUGUUAUGACCAUAUCUACUCCAAACUGAGCUUUUAAGGAUCUGGAUCCACGACUUUCAUCAACGGCGGGAUACAAAGAUACAUACAGUCAUGUUGUUUCGAUUAUUGAUUAUAACUAUUGUAUUAAAAUCACUGUAUAUUAUGUUUUAUAGCAAAUAUUUAUGACACUUUAAAAUGCAGUUCGGUCUGCUGAUACUCUGUUAAAUAUCUUGUAUGCAUUGCAGAAUUAUGAAUAUUAUAAGAAAAUAUCAAUGGGCCUGUGUUAAUCUAUUCUAUCGAUGUCCACUAGAUGUCCUCAUAUAGACCACAUGUUUCAGAGCCGCACUUCUUUUAGGCUUAUUUAAUUUAAUCGAUCAGGUCAUGAAUGAUGACUACCUUCAUAAUGAACAGUUCUUCCUAAAUGCAACAAGUGACCAUGUUUAAAAAGAAAUAAGUAUAGCGUAUAGACUAUUUGUUUUGUAAUUAAAUUGCGUAAUUAAUGAGUAAUUAAUAUGUAAUUAGCACUUGUUUUUGCCAUUAUGCGUAUGUUUCCAACACAAAGUCCAACAAAGAUCUGUUUGCAUCUAUAGACAUGACAGAAGUAAAUCUUUAUUAGACUAUUAGAUGUGUUUUUUUCAGUUCUUGUCGGUUUUCUUUCCUUCAGUGAUUCUGCUUGUUAACGCUUCAAACCUCACUCGAUUAAACCGCUUAAUCUUCUCAUUUAUUCCAAGUGUUUCAGGGUUUCUUUAACCGUGGACACACUGAGCAUUAUUUGAUCGACUUGAAGACGUUUCUGUAUCACUUUUGCCCGUAUCUUUGAAUUUUCCUUCCUGCUUCGUUCACCAAAGGUGAAUGUGAACUUCCUGUUUGUGCAGCGAGUGAAAACCACAUGCAGAAGCCUUUAAUGCUGCAGGCAACACAAUCUAGACUCUAAAAGUAGUGUUAUUUGAGCCCGAAUGUGUCGGUUUAUCUUCAUCCUGACGAAAUGGAAAGAGUUCAGGAAAUAAAUAACAGAGGAGUAAAACAAUUCUGCAAAUUGGCUUUAUUUUACAAAAAUACAACUGUUUAGUAGUACAAUAUCUCAUCUCUGUUCCUAACUAUAAGCUUAAUUAAAAAAAAAAAAAAAAAUAUAUAUAUAUAUAUAUAUAUAUAUAUAUAUAUAUAUAUAUAUAUAUAU